AUGUAUCAGUUCAUGAACUGCUGCUGCCUGAGCAAGGCCCCCGAGGGCUGCAGCGAGCCGGGCGGCACCGACCCGGGGCAACGAGGAGCGCCCUGGGGGCCGAGCCCGGCAAAGGAGCCGCUGCGGGCCCGGUGCCGCUCGAGCUCGGCCCCGCCGCUCCCGGAGAAAGUUCCCGGGAACCCCGUGGGGAUCGACCGCCCCGUCCGACGGCCGGCGGGGACACCGCGGGACGGCAGAGCCCGCGGGGACACGGGGGAGGGUGGCAUGGAGACCCCACGGCAGCCCCAGGAACGGCCCCGCUGUCAGCGGGCGCGGAGGCUCCGGUUCCUGCGGGGCGCCGGCCCCGGGACACAGCCGGGCACCUGCGAGGACCGAGCCCCGGGAAGGGUCGAGGGCUCCUCGCCGCCCCGGGUAUCACCCCAGGCGUGCCCGGGGCUGCGGUGCCCGGGGCGCUCCCGCAGCGGCGGCGGGAGGCGCCUCCCGCUGCGGCACGGCCACGCUUCCCGGAGCGGCGCGGGGAGCGGCGGGGCGGCCCCGCUGGCAGCCGCGGACACGCGUGUGCUCCCCACUGACGAGCAGGGAGCACCGGGCUCCCCGAGCGGCCCCGCCGCCCUGCGCGGCUUCCGGCACCGGGCGGGGAAAGCGCCGCCACCUGCCCCGGGCCGGGCCCGCCGCCGCCACCGCCGGCUGUCCCCGGGCCGGGCGCCCCACGGCCGCAGGGACGCGCCGGGCAGCGCGGCCGGGGCUCCCCCGGCGGGGUCGGGCCCCACGGCGGGCGGCGGCGGCUCGGGCCGUGCCGGGGGUGGGCGCCGCAGCCCCCCGGGCCCGGGGCACCUCGCGACGUGGCGCGGCGUGGAGCCCUCCGGAGCGCAUCCUCCGCUCGGACCCUCGGCCCGAGCCCUCUCCCCCCGGGCCGCGGGUCGCGCACCUGCCCCGCGGGCCGUGCCGCCCCCGGCAGCCCCGUGGGGCCGUGCUGAGUCACGCGUGGGGCGGGAGCCGGGCUGCCCGCGCCCCCCUCCCCGCGCCGCCGUGCCCGGCCCCCGCCCGCCCCCUCCCCGCCUCGCUCCCCGGCAGGGCUGCGCCAAUCCCCCGGCCCCGCCGCUGACGGGCAGCCGGGCCCGGGAGGCGCCGCCUCCCUGA